AUGAUCAGGGCUGCCCAGGAGAAGGAGGAGCUCCAGCGGAAGGGAGACGAGCUCGACGACAAGAUCAAGCGGGCUGAGAGGGAGAUGCGCGCCCUGGAGAACACGCUGGGGCACCUCGUCAGCCGCAACACGAAGUACAAGGAGAACUUCCAGCAGGCGAACCAGCAGACGCAGUCGGAGGUCGAGGAGAAGCAGAUGCUCGAGGAGCAGUCGCGCGCGGCGAACGAGGUCCUCUUCAGAAAGAAGAAGCAGCUGGCGCAGCUGGACCGGGAGGUCGAGGAGGACAACCAGCGCUUCCAGGAGCUCAGCAGCAACAUCCAGCAGAUCGACCAGCACAUGGCCGAGCUGGAGGCGGCCAGGGGCGUCCUCCGGGACGACAUCAGCAGCCAGCACGAGAAGCUGGACCGCGCCGAGCGGGCCGUCGAGGUGUCCAGGCGGAGAGCGAACCAGGCCGGGCUGGACCUGGGGCCCGAGGCGCCGGCGACCGUCGACGUCGAGGCCAGGUCCCUGAAGCACCAGAACGAGAGCGUGCUCCACGCGCUCACGAACGCCCUCCAGGAUCGGCACCCGGACGAUGUGCUGCCCCUCUUCGAGUCGCUCUGCGCCGAGCGGGGCCUGCGGAGGCCCUCCAGGCCGCCGUCUGGCGCCAGCUCGCGGCCCGCCAGCGGCCAGCUGAGCGCUGGCCGGCGCACGCCCGCCUGA